CAUGGGUAUUUAGUUGCGGGUCUGCAAUGGUUAUGGCGAGUUGAUAGAAGUGAGUUUGCGAGAAAAGUUUGAACGUACGUGUGAAAAUGAUUGUUAGACGUGGUGCUAGUUGUGCCUGCUAUGUAGGCCUUUUAUAUUUUUUGUACUUUAUCAGAAUUGGAAACACACAGCUUCUUAUUAAUGUGAAAAAUCAGGGCGGUGACGUUCUUCAAGAAACGAUAACUGCAAACGUGAGUGAGGACGUCGUUACCCUGGAGUUCCAGCGCUCUGAUGGAACUCUUAUUACUCAGCUCGUCGACUUUAGAAAUGACGUACAGAUAUUGAAGGCUCUGGUGCUUGGCGAAGAGGAGCGUGGUCAGAGCCAGUACCAAGUGAUGUGCUUCUUGUGCCACUUCCAGAAGGGGGAAUUUAUUUCCUCUGACGCAAUGUCCAAACUGCGGCAGAAAAACCCCGGAACGAUCCGGACGCCGGAGGAAGAUAAGGGCAGGGAAAAUUUCACGAUGGACCUGUUCGUCAACGUGGGGAAGUCCGGAGUCAUAUCUCGCCACAUCUCGAGCCUGUGCGGUGAAGCAGGGGAUGCCACCUACACGAGGGAAGCCGACAUCAAGAUGUGGGCCUCUCAGCCUGGUGCUUCACUGUCGGCACUGCUGGGAGCCGUUACCCGGUACCCAUCCCACGUACCUUUGGGAGUCCAUCACGGUGCUGACGUCGCCUCCAAUGUCGUAGAAGAAGAUCCCGCGACGUCGACAGGGCGGUGCCUCGAGACUGUAGACCCAUGGACGCCGUGUUUGUGUCAUCUUGAGAUGUGCAUAGGGAACAUGAAGAAGCCCAGGUCUUCUGCCCCUAACAGUGACAAGCAGCACAAAGAUGAUAGCAGUUGGAUUUGAGGUUCUCACGGAGGCGAAUAUGAAGGAUGUUCACCCUGAUGAUGGAGGUAGCAAGCACACUUGCAACAUCAGUAAUCUUCCAAGCUAUACGGCACCACAACCCAGAAGACGAUCAUCUUCAUUUGUUAUGCAUUUCUUCCUGUUAAUGAACCAGAAAAUUAUUUAAUAAAGAAAAAAUUCUGGUUAAGGAGUUGGUCACCAAGCCAACUUCUUUUUAGAAA